AUGAAGUUUUUUAUCUGUCUGUCGGCACUUUUGCUGGUUUCGGCCAAUGCCGAAUCAGAGCAGAAGAAGUCCGAGGCCACCGACAAGGCGGCCGUCCCGCUGGAGAAGAAGCUGGACAAACGCGGCCUGCUGAGCCUGGGCUACGGGUACGGCAUUAACGGGCUCGACGUGGGCUACAUCGGGGGCGGUGGGCACGUCGGUGGUGCGUACCAUGCGGCGCACGACCAUCACUACGGCCAUCACAGCUACUACCUCGGUGGGCACACCGACGUCACCAAGACGGUGACGCUGGUCAAGGGAGUCCCGGUGCCGUACACGGUGGAGAAGCACGUCCCGUACACCGUCGAGAAGCAUGUGCCAUACCCGGUGAAGGUGCCGGUUCCGCAGCCCUACGAGGUCGUCAAGCACGUCCCGGUGCACGUCAAGGAGUACGUGAAGGUGCCGGUCCAUGUGCCCGCUCCGUACCCGGUGGAGAAGAAGGUCCCGUACCCGGUGCACGUUCCGGUCGAUCGACCCUACCCGGUGAAGGUGUUCGUGCCGCAGCCGUACGAGGUGACCAAGCAUGUGCCGUACCCCGUCAAGGUGCCCGUCCCGCAGCCCUACGAAGUGACCAAGCAUGUGCCGGUCCCGGUGAAGGUGGAGGUCCCCGUCCCGGUGCCGUACACCGUCGAGCGGAAGGUGCCCGUCCCGGUGAAGGUCCCAGUCGAUCGGCCCUACCCCGUGCACGUCCCCGCUCCGUAUCCCGUCGAGGUGGAGAAACCCGUCCCGUACACCGUCGAGAAGCCAGUCCCGUAUGAGGUGAAGGUCCCGGUCGACCGUCCCUACCCGGUUCCGGUGGAGAAGCCCGUCCCGUACCCGGUCAAGGUGCCCGUCCCGAAGCCAUACUACGUCGAGAAGCACAUCCCGUACACCGUCGAGAAGCCAGUCCCGUACCCCGUGAAGGUCCCGAUCGAUCGUCCCUAUCCGGUCACGGUGGAGAAGCACAUCCCGGUCGAGAAGCCCGUCCCGGUGCCGGUAAAGGUUCCGGUUGCCGUGCCAGUGCCAGUGCACCACGACCAUCACCACCACCAUUUGGAGCAUCUGCACGAGCCGCACCACCAUCAUCACGAUGUGAGCUACACUAGCUUCAGCGGCUACGGACACGACUACAGUUACCACCACUAA